AUGACGGACAAGGAAAUUAAUUGUGAACCAUGUUCUCGGGAAGAAAUAAAAGUACCGGCAAGUCGUUAUUGUUAUGAGUGCUCCGAGAAAACAUGCGAAGACUGUGCGAAACUACAUAAGAAAAUCAAAAGUCUGUCAAAUCAUAACUUUUAUAACCUUGGCGACGGAGAAUCAGAUGUUGCUCAAUUUGAUUUCUUGAAGUCACUCACCAAGUGUCCGGAGCAUCAGGCAGAGGAGGUUCGAUACAUCUGCAAGGACCAUGACCAGUUAUGUUGUAAUGAGUGUGCGAUAGUAAGACACCGGAAGUGUGACGAUAUCAUUUCUGUAGCAGACGAACUAUCCAAGUUAGAAAUUUCAGACCAGGAUAUAGAUUCUAGACUGGGUGAAAUUUUGGAUGGUUCCAAAAAGCUCACAGAAUAUGAAACAAAGCACCAGUCUACAGUAAAAGCUUCAAAGAUUCAAAUUAGAGAAAAGCUUACAGCGCUUAAAAAGAAAAUUAAUGGCGCCUUCUGUAAAAUGGAGCAAACUAUUUUACAGGAUCCUGACGUUAGAAGCGCCAACAUAAUGAAGAAAAGUAAAACACAACUUGAAAACAUUGAAAUGUUGAAAACUGAGGUUAACCAGUCACGUGACAACCUUCGUACUGCCCGUAACAAUGGAGAAAAGAUUCAUUUGUUCCUGAUUGAGAGGAAAUUGAAAACAGAACUUAAACGACAGGAAGACACGCUUCAAAAUCUUCGAAUUGACUCGAGCGUGAAAAGUCUUACUUUAGUAGAUGACAUUUCUCAACAAGACUUGAUGAAAACCAUUGCUUCCUGUUCUCAUAUCGAAGAGCUAACAUCUAGUGCUGGAGUACUCUCAAGUACAGAAAUGUGCGAUGUCACUCUAACCGGAGAGCCAGUAUUAAUUAGCGAGAUAAAAUUGACAUUUUCAUCAGGUUAUGCAUGUGCAUGCCUGUGGAUUGACAAUUUUGUUGUCGUUGGUUUGCAAGAGAUGAAUCAGCUUCAGCUGUUUGAUAUAGAUAAAGAAUCACUUAAAUACAAGAAAACAGAAAACGUGUCCUCAGAACCAUGGUCUUUGAAAAAAGUAGAUGAUUCAAGAUUCGCUGUUUGUUACCCACGUAACAACACUAUUGAGCUAAUGAAGAUCAGUGAAGGGAUAUUUGAAACGGUGAAUACGUUCAAAACCGACAGUGGUAUCUGGGAUAUAUCGUUUAACAAAUUACAACGCCAAAUUAUAGGUCUUUCCAUGUCUGGGACUAUUGAUGUGUUCGAGCUUGAUGGUACUAAAACUGGCUCUGUCCCAUUAGCAUCCGAAAUGUGUAAUGUUGUGAAUAAUGUGUACGGUCUUUGUUUUGAUACAGACACUAACGUGCUGUACAUAUCUAGCUAUGGUCUGAAUAAAGUGGUGGCUGUGAACUUAGAUGGUACAUUAAUUUUCGAAUACAGUCAUCAAAAUUUACAGUGUCCUUGGCAACCAGACAUCGAUGCCAAAGGAAACAUUUAUAUACCGAGUGAUGGAGAGAUACAUCAGAUUGAUAGAAAUGGGAACCUCCUACGUGAAAUAAAGCUUCCUGGCCAUGGACUUUGUGUUAGCUUUGAUAACAGUAAGACCAAGUUCAUAGUGUCUCAUAACACUCCUGAUGGUAUCCAAAUGUACAAUUUGAAAUAA